AUGCAAGAUGACAAGUCUGCAGACAACAGGAGAGUUGUACCAAAACUAGAGCUGGAGGAACAUCUCUCUGAAAGUGGUGAAAGUGAUGAAGACUCGGACACAGGAGAGAGUGAAGAGGAAGCAUCAGAUAAAGAAGAGAGACUGAGCAUGCUUGACGUCACAAUGCUGACUGUCAAAAAGCUGUCUGAUGUGCACAACGGGAAAACCCCAACAUGCAGGAACAUGACUUUAGAUCUGCUGAAAAGUUUGUACACCCUGGCAUACAAGGAUCAACCAGCCAUGGAAGAGUUUGAUAAAACACUGGCCUCUGCUAGUGAUCUGUUUACAUUUGCCCCAUACUGCCCCAUACUGGCAGCUUCUGAAAAGCAGAGGGGAGUAUGCACUCUUUGGCCAGUACCUGCUCGGACUUUUCCAAGAGUUCCUCAACUGGUCCAAAAAUCCUGA